UAUCCCAAAGCCAUCGACUUUUCUCGUCUCUUUCAAGAAUUUGAAUUUCAGCGCCCACUGCUUUCUUUCUCCGAUCUCCAACUUCCGAUCCGUCGAUCUUUUUCCGGCGACCCUUUCCGUUUCUCAGCGACUUUUCAAUUCGGAUUCAAUGGAGACUCCAUCGUCAAUCAGGAGAGUCACGAGGUCUCAGACUUCGGUCGCUCAGAACAGCAGCAACCCCCUUUCAAGAAAGACUGAAGAUUCUGAGAAGGCUCUCUCGAAAUCGAGACCAAGAAAUGGGAAGCAACAACAAGAUCGGUCUGCACUGAUUGACAUCACCAACGAUUCUCCGAUAGUUGGACUUGCAAUGGGAAGCUUGGAGACUCCAUCGUCGGCCAUACUCAAACAGAGAAGCUGCAGAGCCAAGAACACACCUGAGUCCGGAGAGGCCUUGCUGAGAGGUCAAGUCAAGACCCUUUUGCAGCAAGUUGAAGAGGAGGCUGAGCUCUCAAAGAUAUCGCUCGAAAGCCGCCCUAUUUGCCUUAUUCAAGGCCUUAUCGCCAACUCUCCGAUGGGACUCCUCGCGCCAACGCCAGCGAACACGCCACAGGUCUCUGAUCUCUCUGUUGGUGCAAGCGGAAGGAACAAAGUUGGUCCGAGUUGUGAGCAACCUUCAGUUGUUCAAGAACAAUUAAUUUCGCAGGUGGUAUGUGACAUCUUUGAAGGAAAAAAUCAGGGGAGCCUCGAAUCUCAGAAGAGUAUCCUGAGCCGCUCUCUGCUGCUGGAUUUCUCCGAGAAGUCUGAAAUCUCCUCACUUUCAUCAGAGUGCUCCUCUGUGAUUACUGACAGCAAGGAGAAGUCAUCAUCCCCAGAUGAUGACAAUGCAUCCAUCUGGUCGAUGCAGGUCAAUGCCAGCACCCAUGAUGAAGAUGAGGAAGAAGCAGCCGAUGACGAAGAAGACUAUUAUCUGAAGCUGAAUGAAUGUUAUGGAAUGGAAGAAGAAAAGGAGAAAGAUGGAGGAUACAAUGUGGAGGAGCUUUGUGAUGGCAUUAGCAAUAUUUGCGUCAAUGAGACGAGAAGGAUUCCCAAGUUUGAAGGAAAGCAUACCAGAUUUGUGUAUGACAGUGAAGAUGAAAUCGUUGAAGAAGAAGAAGGAUCUGCAAAGACUCCGGAAUCAGCUUCGCCGGGUGCCCUGCGGCUGAAGGGAUUGCCAACACCAAAGGGGAAGCACCUACGGUUUCUUGAGGAGGAAGACUGAUAGAUUCUGGUUUCGAAGUGCUGAAGUUGUUUGGUUUUCUUUCUUGAUAACCAUGUUAGCGAAAUGCUUUGUUUUUUGUUUUGGAUUUCAUGACACCAAAAAAAUGACAUGAUUGUCAUUCAUCACUUUGAUUUUUAAUGAAUGAAAUAUUCUUUGCUAGUUUUAACCA